AUGAGCGUCGGCCGCAAUGCGGGGCUUCACCUGGCGGCCCCCAGACUCGCAAGCCCGAUAGACUCCUUGAUCCGUGUUUCAAGACGGGUCGGCAGGGCUCGCGACAUUCGCCCGCGGACCCAGGGCACCUCAGCGCGGCCGACACCGGCCCGGACGGGGACCGCCGGCCCGGCGCCACCUGGGACGGUCGAGGCGGGCGGGGCCCUCCGGCGGGCCGGGAGGCCCGGCGGCCGCUGCGGGGAGGCGGCGCGCAGGCGGGCGCAGCCCGUCGUCCCUUCCUCAACCGGGCGGCCGGCGCAACCACGGCCGGUCUCUAGGCUCUCCGACCGCCCCCCCCCCGGUCGGGGGAGCCGGGGUGGCCGGAGGAGCCCCAACAGGCCGGCCUAUGCGGGCCCGGAUGCCCAGCCUGUCGCGGGCGCCUUGCCCGGGAGAAGUGCAUGCUGCUGGGCGCGGAGGCGCCCUGAGACCCCGGCUAGGAGGCCUUNCGCGACAUUCGCCCGCGGACCCAGGGCACCUCAGCGCGGCCGACACCGGCCCGGACGGGGACCGCCGGCCCGGCGCCACCUGGGACGGUCGAGGCGGGCGGGGCCCUCCGGCGGGCUGGGAGGCCCGGCCCGGCUGCCGCUGCGGGGAGGCGGCGCGCGGGCGGGCGCGGCCCGUCGUCCCUUCCUCGGCCGGGCGGCCGGCGCAACCACGGCCGGUCUCUAG